AGCCUAUUUCUGGCGGAAAAAUCGGCCAGUCAGUGACAAGUUAUACAAGUGGUCAUACUUUCGGAUCUCUUCUGCCAAGUGCUCAUCUAUUUGGUCCAUAUUCGUUCUUCUAAAUCUUCCGUGAUUUCCGCGUAUUGUGGGACAUGAAACCGGAAACUAGACUCCGGACGGGAUGUAGUAAGCAGUGCAUGCGUGCAUGCAACCCGACUAUAAUUUGGCCUUCACACUUUACCAAUGCUCUGCAAUUUGCAAGGUGAUCAUUUUAAUAGAACAUGUAUCAGGCUUUAACUAAAGACACACUAUACUUCUGAUUGUGCCUCAACUGAAUAACUGUAAAAUGCAAUUAUUCCUCCAAAGGAUGCAAAGUACUUCAUUGAAAAUCAAAGCGAUAACGAUAAGAGUUUACACACACAAACACACACACACACACACAAACACACACACACACACACACACACACACACACACACAGGCAUAAUGAAGUCACCACUUGAGGGUUUGAGAAAAAAAUAUGGAAGACAAUCCUUUAUUAUAAAUAAAAUAAAUAGCAAAUAAUAAAUAGAGAUCUUUAAAUUAAAAAACAAUAAAUAAAUAGAUACAUUUUUGGUUGUCCCUUUAACAGUCUUUUUUGAAAUGCAUCACCCAUCGCCUUGAAGAGUACAUGAUACGGAGACCCGUUACUUUCCUAGUGUAACCAUGUGAUGUCUUUAUUUUUCUUAUUUUGCAUCCUGUCACCUUUGAGGGUUUUACAGCGGCUUUGAAGUGGUGAAGAAACCGGGUGGCGUUAGCGAUGAUGGGAUCGAACUGCUCAGUCAGGUUUCUGGUGAUGUUUGGCAGGUGGUUUCCCAGGUAGUCCAUGAUGGCACAGACGGAGGCCUUAAUUUUUUCUGUGGUGUUUUCAAAGGUUAUUCCUUCAGAGAACAUCCAAGUGUCUGACUCGUAUUUGCUCGGUUGAUCUCCUCCCAAUAUUAGUUCGACCUGCAGAGGAAGCGACAGUCAGCAUGACAGAGUUGAGAGUGCAGAGCAUCAGGGGCAGACAAUGCUUUAAUGGGGCCCCAAGCUGAAUUUAAAUUGGGGGCCCCUACUGCCUUGGUGCAGCUGAUCUUUUCAGACAUGAACUCAGGAGAAUUGUGUCUGGACUCAUGUCUUCCAAGUGUAUGGCUCGAUAUUGUCAGCCUGAGAUAUUUUUUUCCUCUUGUCAUUUUCUUUUCAUUUUUAGCCGGUCAUCAACACGUCCCCUGCUUUGUUCUCACAUGGAGUUUAUCUGGAAUUCAUUGCAUGUCUGAAAGUAGCUUUAGUGAUUGAUCAUUCACACAUUUACUGUAAAUCUAAUACGCAUUAAGCAUGUUAAUAUAAUAUUGCAUUUUGUCUAAUACAAUUUACAUUAUACUAUAUUGAUAUUCAAAACGCUUUGACCUUUAAGUUAUGUCACAUUAACUGAUUUUACCAAUGAGUACACGUCAACAAUUUUUAAAACAAAAUUAGGUUAUUCAACCUAAUUUGAUGAACCCAAGCAUGAUGUGUUUACUUACAUAAUUCCGUUCGGCCAUUCGAAGAUUACCAAGGGGUAAGCCAAAGUCCUCCAAGCUUUUACAAAGCGAUUGCUUGUCAAGUGGUCGCAAUACCACAAAGGAGACGUGCAUCAUGACGACGCAGGAAAACAGGAGCUCUGCAAGAAAAAUAUGACAGUGUCAUCAUCUGCAUCGUGAUUUAACAGGAAUCUUCAACAAAUAAGUGGAAUAAGUAUCAUAGAGUCAAAACUCCAGGUUACACUGAGACAGAACAAAAGAGGUAGCUUUCCUCCGGACAUCUUAGUCCCACGGAGUCGCCACAGACAAACAAGCAGCAGAAACAGGUUCAGGUUUCAAUCUUUUCAAUAAACUCUUAAUUGCAAUACCUCAAAAAUGUCUUACUCUCCAGAAAAUGAAACUAAUCUUAACAAUUCAACAUUCAUGUUAAACCAGCUUACCUUUAGAAAAAGACAUGGUGUGAUUUUCGUUGAGUCAGUGCCCCUUCGUUAACUCACUGAGCUUAUAUAUCCAAACACGGGAUUUUUUUGUUGCAUGUCACAUGCUGUUAGAUGACGCUUGAGUGGCAUUAUCAUCCAAAGGAAUCAUGGUGUAAUAUUUCUAUUUAGCAAUUGUAAGUCACUGUUCACCACAGAGGUUUGAUGUGGGAAGGUGGCGCAAACUGUCACAGUCUUAUCUGAUGUGGGAUGUGUACGUAGAGCAUCAUUCGCCCCAGAACGUUCAACCCACACAACCUGAGAUACAGAGGUAACCUGGAAAUUAUUAUUGUUAUGAUGCAGUCAAACUUUUAAAGAGCACGUGUUCUCUCUCAUGUUAAACCCUCAGGCUGGAUGUCACUCAACUCUGUUCCUUUCAGAAUCAUUUUACUUUCGUCUUUUACACUUAGUGUUACCAAAGACUUCCUCGACUCACAAAGCAGGAAGUCACAGUCAGUCAGCCUACGUUUACUAAAGAAAAAUGUUGAAAUGCUCAAAUCCAACGCUAUUGUAUUUAGAUUAAAACUCUGGUUUUGUCUAUUUCCUGUAUUUCUUCUGUUGUGAUUUCUGCCUCCAAAGACCCGAGAAGACACUGAUGAUGCCCGGAUGGUCUCUGUCAAGUAGCACUACUGUGGUUUGUUGACACUGACUGGACGCAGUGGUGUGGGCCACCGCUGUUACCAGGCAACCAACAACCAUCAGCACACAAACACUGGGGCCUGUUUCUUCCUGAAAGACAAACCGAACCCAUUACUGCAAACCCAGACACUGUCCUGCAGGUACUGGGACGAACGACUGCUGAGGAUGAGUCCACACACACUCUCUGCUGUGAUAGAGAAGCACAUCCGCCAGCUGUGUCUCACUGACUUUCCCUGUGGACGUGGCAGCUUGAGGAAGACGGUGGACGGGGCAGUGGAGACGGAGACAGUGGAGACAGACUCUCUCCUGGAUCUGCUGAUCUGUCCUCACUCUCCGUGGUGGCACGAUGCAUCAUGGAGCCCUCAAGCUGUGACCCUGAGGAAACUGGCCGUGCUGUCACCUGAACGCCUCCACACCGACUUCAUUCACAAGUACUUUACUGCGCUACGCAUCGUGGACGAGGAUGUGUCAGUCGUCGAUGGCGGCCUGUUGAAGUUCUCAAAGCUGGAGGAGCUGGUGCUGAGUGCCAACAGAAUCUCAGAAAUCCCUGCAGACAACCUUCCCUGCACUUUGAAGGUUCUGGAGCUACGUGGCAACCAGCUGUCCGCUCUGAGCAGUCUCACCAGACGCCCCCCCCCCCACCUGUGGUACCUCGGCCUCGGCUCAAACGGUCUCGGUUCCUGUCAAGACGCUGCUGAUCUUUCUGGAAGACACUGGCCGCAGCUGGUGUGUCUGGACCUCGGGGACUGUGAGUUUGAGGACCAGAGGGCCCUGCUGAGCGCCUUGACCACUCUCCCCUGCCUCAAGACGCUGGUGCUGGAGGGAAACCCCUUCACCCUGGCGCACUCGUACCCGGGCCUCACUGUGGACACUCUGCCUCAGCUCUCUUGCCUGGACCACUCAUGGAUCACCCCUGAGGAAAGACAUCGCUUUCAGGGCCUGGCCAAGCUGAGCGAUGUGACUGUGGACCAGGCCUCGGUCACAGUGAGAGUGGGCAGAGUGAAGGGAAUCCCAGACCCACUGAUGAGUGUGGAUGAAACUGCUCCCGACUUCCCUGUUGUCACCUACAGCUAUUUCAUCACAUACGAGUUCCUCACUGAUCAAACCCCUGUUGACCAGAAAGUUGCCGGUGAGUCUAAAUGUGACACAGAGCACGCGACAGAGGACGACUCCAGUGACGCUGACCCACAAUCAGAUAAGAACUGUGAAAGAGAGAAGUCUGCACCAGACACUGGCGAGUUGAAUCCUGAGGAGGCCUGCUGCGAUGUUGCACCUGUGUCGAGACACAGCACGUCAAAGCUGACCUGGUCAGAGCACAUGGACUUCAGCGACACGCACGUUCACACUGGCAGUGACCUGGGAGGCUUGAAGAAAUUCCUCAGCCGAGGACUUUCCCUCAGGGUUGAGGAAGAAAAGGUGCUGUCCUGGCCCGCAGCCUCUGAAGAUGUCGCAGUGGCCAAACCGGGCCGACCUGUCAAAGAGAAGAAAGGCGGCCAAGAGAGAGAAGUGAGAUCAAGUCCCCCAUCAAAUCUGGUCCUACCAAAGACAAGUCUAGAGACAAGAAGAAGAAGUCAGAAUCGGAGCUGGUCCAGGACGCCCCCGUCAGGAGAAGCCUCGUCUCCGUCCACGUCCCCCUGCAAAGUCUGGUCAGAGGAAAUGGAAAGGUCGACGUCCUCUGUGACCUCGGUACCCUGCACACAGAGUCUGUGGUUGAACCUACACCAACAUUUGAGAAGUAGGAUCUGGAAAAGAAAAUCAAAGAGGAAAAGAAGAAGGAGGACAAGGACUCAAAGAGGAGAGGAGGCAGUGGUACAGCACAGAAGAACACAUCAAAAGGUAAAGGAAAGGCCGGAAGGGAGCGUGAGGCGGACGUGGUCCCCGCCUGCAGCUCCGUGUGCGACCGCUUGCAGCCAGCGACAGUGGAGCUGAGUGUGGAACUGGAGAGAUGGAAGUCUGAGUCUGAAGCUCGCGGACUCCUGCACACAAAGCAAAACCCCAAAAGCACAGAGACCGGAGGGUUGAAUUGAAUUGCAUAUUGAAUCUGUUCUAUUGGAUUUGGGCUGCAGGUGUUGUCCUCCUAAGACCUUUGUGUACAGGUUAGUCUUCUUCAGCUCUUUGUUGAAAGCAAAUAAAUAUGAUUUAGCCUAAAACUGAAAGGUAAAGGAGAAUCCACACAAUUGGAUUUCACUGUGUUUGGAAUAUAAAUAAAAUAAAAUAAAAACUGGAAUGGCUCUACUCGCAUACCUCACAACAUUCACCUUCAAUUUUACCAAGGGACACACACCCUAAAUAUGUGUGCCACUAUCAAUGUCAGAUCCAUUAAUAAUUCUCUG